AACCCAUAAUAGUUUCAGUCUCUUUUGUUUUUGAAAGAGGAGAUUUUAUGCAGACUUCAUUCACUCAUCACUGCUCUUUUCUCGUGAAAAAGCCUUACUUGAGAGAGAAUAACAAUUCCUCUUCUCUCUUUUCAGACACAUAAACCUCUCUCUCUUUCUCUUUCUAAAACCACCUGUACCAAGAACAAACACAGUACCCUCUACUCUCUUUUCUUGCUUCUCUCUAAUCUGCACUUUCUUUCUUUCUUUUACUGACAUAACCUCUCUUCCUCUAUAGUUUGGCUCUGUUACAUAAAAUAAAGAUGAGCGCAUAUACCGCUCGUGUUCUAUAAUGCAGGUCCCUUGUUAUGCUUCUUUUGUUUUCUAGUUCUUGUUUUUGGCUCUCUCCCCCCUUCCUUUAAUGUGGGUCUAAAGUUUUUCUUUUCUUUUUUUUUUUUUUAUCAUAUUUCUUUGUUUGCUGCAUCUUCUCCCACCGAACUCCCUAAAUUUAGGGGAUUUGUUCUUUGCAUUGCUUUGAUUCCACUAAAUCUCUAAUGGGUAUUUCUUGAAAUGUUGAAUAUUGAUCUGGGGUUUGCAUUUAUAGUCUUUUUUCUGUAAACUAUUUUUGUUGGAUUGUUUUGGCUCAAAGUUUUUGAUUUUUCACUGAGCGGUUUAUUGUAAAGUUUGAUUCCUUCAUAGUAAAAAGGAGGGAUUUUAGUACAUAUCAAUGUUUCCGAGUUGGGGUGUGAAGAAAAUUUGAGUUCUUGCUUUGAAGAACUCUUAUCCAUCAAGAAACAAGAAGAAUUCAAAUAAUGGCACUGUUAUGCUUUUCUUAUAUUUUGCUAGUUGGGUUUUUAUCAAAAAGCCAGCAAGCGACUGCUCAGUUCAGUGAUCAAGCUACACUAUUGGCCAUUAACAGAGAGCUUAAAGUUCCUGGGUGGGGUGACAACAGCACAAAUUGCUGCAACUGGCGUGGCAUUGCUUGCAGCUUGAAUCAUUCAUUGGUCGAGAAGGUUGCUCUUUCAAGGCUUGACCUCAGAGGUAACGUGACUUUGAUCUCUGAGCUCAAAGCUUUGAAGAAGCUUGACCUUUCUGGUAAUAACUUUCAUGGUCCAAUUCCUUCAGCUUUUGGAAAUUUGUCUCAGCUUGAGUUUCUUGAUUUGUCUUUGAAUAAGUUUGAUGGUUUGAUUCCAGGAGAAUUGGGCAGUCUUAAAAACCUUAAAUCACUAAAUCUUUCCAAUAAUUUGCUUUUAGGAGAAAUACCUGAUGAGCUUCGGGGUCUAGAAAAGUUGGAGGAAUUUCAAAUUUCUAGUAAUAGCUUGAAUGGUUCAAUUCCAUCUUGGGUAGGUAAUUUGACUAGCUUGAGAAUUUUUACUGCCUAUGAGAAUGAAUUGGGUGGUGAAAUUCCUGAUAAUUUAGGUUCAGUUUCUGAGCUGAAGUUGCUGAACCUUCAUUCCAAUCACCUUGAAGGGCCAAUACCUAAUAGCAUUUUUGCUAUGGGGAAGUUGGAAGUUUUGGUUCUUACCCAGAAUAGAUUGAGUGGUGAAAUACCUGAACUUAUUGGAAACUGUAAAGGUCUUUCUAGUAUUCGAAUUGGGAACAAUGAUCUUUUAGGAGUUAUUCCUAAAGCAAUUGGAAAUGUUAGUAGCCUCACGUAUUUUGAAGCAGAUGAUAAUCAUUUAUCUGGUGAGAUUAUCUCUGAGUUCGCUCGGUGCUCUAAUCUCACCCUUCUAAAUCUGGCCUCAAAUGGAUUUGCUGGAAUUAUUCCUUCUGAGCUUGGACAGCUUGUGAAUUUGCAGGAAUUGAUUCUUUCAGGUAACAAUCUGUUUGGAGAUAUCCCAGAAUCAAUUCUUGGGUGCAAGAGUCUUAACAAACUGGAUCUUAGCAGUAAUAGAUUCAAUGGCACUAUACCUAAUGCAAUUUGCAACAUGUCAAGAUUGCAGUACUUGCUUUUGGGUCAGAAUUCAAUAAAGGGUGAGAUACCCCAUGAAAUUGGAAACUGCAUGAAACUGCUGGAAUUGCAAAUGGGCAGUAACUAUUUGACUGGAAGUAUCCCUCCUGAGAUUGGUCACAUCAGGAACUUGCAGAUAGCUUUAAAUUUGAGCUACAAUCAUCUUCAUGGACCACUGCCCCCUGAAUUAGGAAAGCUUGACAAGCUGGUUUCUUUGGAUAUCUCUAAUAAUCAGCUUUCUGGUACUAUUCCCCAAUCGUUUAAAGGCAUGUUGAGUUUGAUAGAAGUUAAUUUCUCAAACAAUCUUCUCAGUGGUCCAGUUCCCACAUUUGUACCAUUCCAAAAGAGUCCAAAUUCAAGCUUUUCAGGGAACAAAGGGCUUUGUGGAGAUCCAUUGAGCUUGUCAUGUGGAAAUUCAUAUGCUAUUGGUCAUGAGAAUUACCAUCACAAGGUUUCUUACAGAAUUAUACUAGCUGUUAUUGGUUCUGGUUUGGCAGUUUUUGUCUCAGUAACUAUAGUUGUUCUGCUGUUUAUGAUGAGGGAGAAACAGGAAAAAGCAGCCAAAACUGCAGGGGUUGCUGAUGAUGUAACCAAUGACCGACCAUCAAUAAUAGCAGGCCAUGUCUUUGUUGAAAAUCUCAGACAGGCAAUAGAUCUAGAUGCCGCUGUUAAAGCAACUCUAAAGGAUACAAAUAAGCUCACUUGUGGAACAUUCAGCACAGUUUACAAGGCAGUUAUGCCUUCUGGGAUGAUUCUAUCAGUGAGGAGAUUGAAAUCAAUGGACAGAACUAUUAUUCAUCAUCAGAACAAGAUGAUUAGAGAGCUUGAAAGGUUGAGCAAGCUCUGUCAUGACAAUCUAGUGCGGCCAAUUGGAUAUGUAAUUUAUGAAGACGUUGCUCUUUUGUUGCAUCAUUAUUUACCCAAUGGGACAUUAGCUCAGCUCAUUCAUGAGUCUAGCAAGAAAUCUGAUUAUGAACCUGACUGGCCUACGAGGCUAUCCAUUGCUAUAGGAGUAGCAGAAGGAUUGGCUUUUCUCCACCAUGUAGCAAUCAUCCACCUUGACAUUUCUUCUGGAAAUGUUCUUUUAGAUGCUGACUUCAGGCCCUUGGUUGGGGAAAUUGAGAUAUCAAAGCUCUUAGAUCCAUCCAAAGGCACUGCAAGUAUAAGUGCAGUUGCAGGUUCCUUCGGUUACAUUCCCCCAGAAUAUGCAUACACAAUGCAAGUUACAGCACCUGGAAAUGUCUAUAGCUAUGGGGUAGUAUUGCUUGAGAUUCUAACUACUCGACUACCAGUUGAUGAGGAAUUUGGUGAAGGGGUAGAUUUGGUGAAGUGGGUUCAUGGAGCUCCAGUAAGAGGAGAGACUCCAGAGCAAAUUCUUGAUGCAAAACUCAGCACAGUUUCCUUCGGUUGGAGGAGAGAAAUGUUGGCUGCACUUAAGGUGGCAUUACUCUGCACAGAUAGCACACCAGCCAAGCGGCCAAAAAUGAAGAAAGUAGUUGAAAUGCUUCAAGAAAUAAAGCAAAACUGAUGGAAGUUUGUCAGCUGAGUUACCUACCAGCAUAUUGAACCUAUCCAUCACGAUUCUGGUAAAACGCUCACCUUAUGGAAAUUAUUUCUACAUGUUCACCUCAAUUUGAAAAUUUUUACUUGGAGGCUAAAAUCGGUUGACUGUAAAUGUUGAAAAUCCUGUCGACUUGCUGCAUACUAAAAUGUUUGAGCAGAUGUCAAGUUAUAAACUUUUUGUGCUGGAGACAGAAUAGGGUGGUGGGGGGUUAAUGAAACAGGUUGCUCAAUUAGAAAGAUCUCUAUGAGGUUCUGUUGGACAUUAGGUCUCCAGUUGCAAUACUGAAGCUACCCAUUUUGAAAUUUCUGUUGAAAAAUAUAUGUCGAAAACAAUCAAUUAUAGCUUAUCUUUGAAUGAAUUUUCAUUAUACUUCUUCAUGAUCA